UACAUUUUUGUUUUUGCAUUUUUCUUCAGCACAAAGCCCAGUAUUAAUUUAUAUUUGUUUGUUAUAAAAAAGUGGAAUAAACCCAAUAAAAAUUAAACAAAAUAUGGCAAAUACUAUAGAUAAAGUACGCAUCAUUAUAGUGGGAGAUUCAGGUGUGGGCAAAACUUGUCUUACUCAUCUUAUAGCUCACGGCGAAAGUCUUACCCGGCCAGGCUGGACGGUGGGUUGCAAUAUAGAAAUCAAGUUACAUGAAUAUAAAGAAGGUACUGCUCAACAGAAGCCCUAUUUUAUAGAAUUAUUCGAUAUUGGUGGUUCGUUGAGCCACAAGAAUACCAGAAGUGUUUUUUAUACACCCACCCAUGGCAUUAUUUUGGUACAUGAUCUAACAAAUCGUAAAAGUCAUAGUAAUUUACGGGAAUGGCUAUUUGAAAUCUUGAAUAAAGAAGGCAAAGAUACCUAUAAGGGAGGCAGCAGUAUUGCUGGUAAUAGUGGACAAACGGCAUGUUUAAUAAAUGAUGCCAACGGUUUUGAUCCCGAGGAAUUUGUGGGAGCUACUCAAAUACCAAUUUUAGUAAUGGGCACAAAACUGGAUUUGGUCGAUGAGAGAAGGCAACCGAAAACAGUGCAAAAAGCCGGCGGCAUAGGUAAAACCGAACAAUGUGGUGCCGAAGAAAUUUGGCUUAAUUGUCGUGAUCCCCGCAGCAUCGCUGCUGGUACUACCGACGCCGUUAAACUUUCUCGAUUUUUCGAUAUGGUCAUCGAAAAAAAGCAACAAACUAGAGAAACAGGAUUUUAUAGCUCCGGCUCAUUAACCGAUCGUCGUCGUUAUAAUACGGCUUCGUCAUCAUCGCCCCAAGGUAGUCCCACCAUAAUUGCAACUGCGAAUAUUUGUGGCAGCGGCAGUAAUUAUAGUUCUCCCGUGGGAGAUAUUAGACCUACAGCAAAAAUGCAACCAGCCUAUGGAAAUGUCUUAAUGGAUUCAAAUUCUUAGUUUUAAAGUAAAAUGUUAUUCCAUUUUUUUAAUUUUUGCUAAAUUUAUAAAAAUAAAUGUACCUAUACUACAGUAAAAACGUAAUAAAACUUAUCUGAUUACCACUCAACUUAUCUAAAAUUGA